CUCGUACACAUGGCUGCUAUCACUUUGUUCUCAGUAAUUGAAAGUUUUCCAUUCAUUCCUUCUAAUAAAGACGUUAAUUCGUUUAUUUUUAGUUGAAUUAUGGCCUAAUUGAAGAUAAUAAUGAAUAUCUAUCUAGAGAUGGAUAAUAUACAGAGGCUGCUAAUUGCAAGCCAACAUGGAAAUUUAAGUAUUGUGAAGAAAUUACUUGAUGAAGGAAUUUCAGUUGAUAGUCAAGGAAAUGAAGGAGUUACAGCUUUACAGUAUGCUGCAGCUAAUGGUGACAAUGAUAUGCUUCAAUUAUUGCUUUCUCAUGGUGCAUCUGUAGAUCUUCCAAAUGAAUAUGGCUGGACACCAUUAAUGCAUGCUGCUUAUUAUGGAUUUGAUUCUACUAUCAACAUUCUUCUAAAUCAUAAAACUAAAGUUAAUACUAGAAAUAAAUUUGGGUUGAAACCUAUAGUCAUUGCAGCAUGGAAUGGACAUCUUUCAACUGUACUGCUGCUAUUAGAGAUGGGAGCUAUUGUUGAUACACAGAUUUCAGAGGAUCAUAUCUCUGAAUGUGAAUUGACAUCUCUGAUGGCAGCUGUAUUACAAGGACAUGAUAUGAUUGUUCAAAUUUUGCUGAAACGGGGAGUAUCUACAAAUCAAACAGUUGCAGCAACAGGAAUUACUCCUUUGAUGAUGGGUGCUUGCAAUGGACAUGUACAAAUAGUAAAUAUUUUAAUUGAACAUGGUGCUCAGGUUAAUGCAACUGAUAUAUGUAAUAGAAAUGCUCUAGAUAUUGCAAUGAUGCUCGAAAGGACAGAAGUUGAAGAAUAUCUCAGAAAUAAAACUAUUACUAAAGUUUUUACAGAUGUGAAAGAAGUUGUGGAAGUACUUAAUGCUGUUAAAAAUGAUGAUGUUACGACUCUUCAAAAAUUACUUAAGGAUGAUCCAUGUCUUUGCAACUGUCAUUUAGAUGAUGGAGCUACUCCUUUAAUGUAUUCAGCUAUGCUUGGAUAUCUGCAUAUUGUUCAGCUGUUAAUAAAGUAUGGUGCUGAGUUAGAUAAACAGGAUACAGUAAAUGGUUGGACAGCACUGAUGCAAGCUGUUUUUCAUAAAAAAACAGCUGUUGUAAAUUGUCUUAUAGAGGCAGGAGCAAAUGUAGAUAUCACAGCAUAUAAUGGUUGCCAAGCUUUGGAUUUGGCUUAUUUAUUACAAGAGCCAGAUAAUGAAGUGAUUAAAUUAUUAACAAAAAAAAUAGAGUCAUCAACAAGUAAUAUUAAAUUAACAUCACCGUUAAGUGGAAAUAUUCCACUGAAAGCCUCAAGAUCAUCUAACAGUAGGUAUAUAUCUAAAGACAGUCAAAAGAACAUGAGUAUUAUGAACUGGCUAGGUGAAGUGUCAUCAAAUAUCUUAAAUCGUCUUCAAACUACAAAAUUUCGACAGUUACCUUCACCAACUUCUGAAAACCAUUCUCCAGUUUCCUGCGAUGUGUUUUUGUCUCCUGAAAUGGCUGAAAAUACACAAAAUGAUAGAGUACAACUAAAGAAUCUCAGUUUAUCUUCACUGCCAUCACCUGGACAAUUGUUAUUAUCACCAAAGAGUUUUCCAAAUGUUGUUGUUCCUCCACUUCUUUUUAGUCCCAUUUCUGAAAUCACUCAAGGAAGAUUGUGUAUGAAAUCAGGAAAAAGAAUUCCACACAGUGAUAGAACUAAGAAAAUGGAUUCUUUGGCUUUUCAUCCUGUUCAUUUAUUAAAGAGAAGAAAUGUAUUAAAUUCUCUAAAUUCCAAAUUAUCUCCAUCCAACCAAGCUGAUGAAGAAAAAACAGAAAAGAAAUUGAAUUUUAGAGAUGAUAAAUCUCUAAGUUUGGAAAAUUAUCAGAGAUUUUCUGGAAGUUUUAGUGAUACUCUUUGUAGCAGUAGUACUAAUAGUAGAGCUUCAGAAAAUUCUCCAUUAGACAAAACACUAGUUGCAAAUAAGGCAGAGUAUGUUGCUAUUGAAGAAAAGUGUGUCAAAGAAAUUAGCAUCAGUCAUCCAGAAGAUGAAAUAGAAGCUUUGUUGAAGCAGCUUGCAAUGGAAGAGUAUAUUCACAAAUUUAAAUCGCAAGAGAUCGAUGUGGAAGCUUUCUACAGUUUAACUGAUGAUGAUCUUCAAGAACUAGGUGUAAAUAAUGUUCAGAAGAGACAUCAGCUUCUGAAAGUUAUUCAACAAUCAAAUCUUUCAUAAAGUCCUAGAAAACUUU